AAUACUCCAAUCCAAUUAGCACCGUCAAGUAUAUGAGUAGAAGAUAGAAACUAAAAGCAUUACACACACUCACUCACCUCCAGAUCUCCAACUACACUCACCGUAAACCCUAAUCUACACGCACAUGAACGCUUUCUUCUCCGAUUAAUUCUAUCUCUUCAAUUAUGGGCCACAUAAACCUGCCGGCAUCCAAGCGGAACGCGCGGCAGUGGCGUCUCCUCGACCUCGUCACCGCCGGUUUUUUCGCCGCCGUCGUCAUCUUCUUCCUGCUCGUCUUCACGCCGCUCGGCGACUCGCUCGCCGCCUCCGGCCGUGAAUCGCUGCUCAGCUCCUCCGCCGAUCCCAAGCAGCGCCACCGACUGACUGCGCUAGUGCAAGCCGGGGAACACAAGGUGGAGUAUUGCACGGCGGAGGCGGUGGAUCAUAUGCCGUGUGAGGAUCCGAGGAGGAACAGUCAGUUGAGUAGAGAAAUGAACUUUUAUCGGGAGCGGCAUUGUCCGGCGCCGGAGGAGACUGCGUUGUGCUUGAUUCCGCCUCCCCACGGCUAUCGUGUGCCUGUCCCCUGGCCUGAUAGCUUGCACAAGAUAUGGCAUGAGAAUAUGCCGUACAAUAAGUUAGCUGACCGGAAAGGGCAUCAAGGAUGGAUGAAAAAGGAAGGCCCGUACUUCAUCUUUCCUGGUGGGGGCACUAUGUUUCCAGAUGGAGCAGUACAAUAUAUCGAUAAACUUAAGCAGUAUAUACCAAUUGCUGGUGGAGUUCUUAGAACUGCUCUUGAUAUGGGCUGUGGGGUUGCCAGUUUCGGGGGUUAUUUGCUUUCUGAAGACAUUUUAGCACUCUCUUUCGCGCCUAGAGAUUCACACAAAGCUCAAAUACAGUUCGCUUUAGAAAGAGGAGUUCCAGCAUUUGUAGCCAUGCUUGGCACUCGCAGGCUUCCGUUUCCUGCCUUUUCAUUUGACUUGAUGCAUUGUUCUCGCUGCUUAAUUCCUUUUACGGCAUAUAAUGCGACAUAUUUCAUGGAGGUUGAUCGCUUGCUUCGCCCGGGAGGGUACCUUGUCAUCUCUGGCCCCCCUGUACAGUGGCCUAAACAAGAUAAGGAAUGGGCUGAUCUUCAAGCUGUAGCCAGAGCAUUAUGUUAUGAGCUUAUCGUUGUGGAUGGCAAUACAGUUAUAUGGAAAAAGCCUAAUGGAGAUUCAUGCCUACCAAACCAGAAUGAAUUUGGGCUCGAAUUGUGUGAGGAGUCCGACGACCCAAGUUCUGCAUGGUACUUUAAACUAAAGAAAUGUGUGAGCCGUAUGUCUUUUUUCAAUGGAGAUUUUUCUGUUGGAACAAUUCCAAAGUGGCCUGAGAGGCUCAGUAAAGCUCCUAUUCGGGCUUCACUAGUAAAAAGUGGAAUUGACGUCUUUGAUGCUGACACUAGGAGAUGGGUGAGGAGGGUUAGUUAUUACAAAAAAUCAUUGAAGCUAAAACUGGGUACUCAAGCUGUUCGAAAUGUUAUGGAUGCGAAUGCAUUUUUUGGAGGUUUUGCUGCUGCAAUAUCAUCUGAUCCUGUGUGGGUUAUGAAUGUUGUUCCUGCUGGCAAGCCCUCGACUUUAGGUGUUAUUUAUGACAGAGGCCUUAUUGGGUUAUACCAUGAUUGGUGUGAACCAUUCUCAACUUAUCCUCGGACCUAUGAUUUUAUACAUAUAUCAGCAAUUGAGUCCCUUGUGAAAGAUCAGCAUUCUGGCAGGAGCAGGUGUCACCUUGUGGACCUGAUGGUGGAAAUUGAUAGAAUUUUGCGCCCAGAAGGAACAGUAGUCAUUCGAGACUCACCAGAAGCAAUUGAAAAAGUAGAUCGUAUUGCUCACGGUGUCAGAUGGACAACUGUGAUACAUGACAAGGAACCUGAAUCACAUGCAAGAGAGAGAAUUUUGGUAGCAACAAAGAAACUGUGGACAUUACCCUCAACAUCCCACUGAUACAGACCUUUUGUGUUUUGUAAUUUAGGUAUAUCUCCUUCCAAAUCCCUGUUGUCCGGUUCUUGCUAAAGGCCAUUAAUUGCAAAUGUAUCAAUUGAUGCAUUUAUUUUUCUUGUUUCAAUAUAUUAUUUAUAUGUAGUGGUAGUUCUUCAAAGAACAAUAGAAAAUGUAUAAAGGUGGAAAAAGAUGUGCAUGUUUCUGUUCAAACUCGGGCACGAUUUGUUGAUUUUAAGUUACAUAUGUCA